AUGUUAUUGAAAUCUGGUUUGGCUCACGCUAAAGUACAAGGUUUUGCUGAAGUACUAGUUACUAAAGAUGCCGAAGAUGGUAUAAGUACAUUAAUUCAAACCGAAGGUUUAGGUGGCUUACGACCAAAUACAAUUGUUCUAUGUUGGCCAUCACAAUGGAAAAAAGAUUUUGAUGGUUUUGCAGCUGACGCAUUCAUUCGUACAAUUGCUGUUGCUGAAGCUCGCCAAUGUGCUGUGAUUGUCCCGAAAAACAUUGAUAAUUUUCCAGAUGUUAAAGAAAUUCAAGAUGGCACAAUUGAUAUCUGGUGGAUUAUUCAUGAUGGUGGUCUUCUUUUUCUUAUUGCUUUUCUAUUAAAACGUAAUAAAGUUUGGUCACGUUGUCGUAUACGUUUAUAUACUGUGACACAAAGCGAAGAUAAUUCAGUUGCAAUGAAAAAAGAUCUUGAACAAUAUAUGUAUCAAUUGCGUAUUGAAGCUGAAGUUGACGUUAUCGAAAUGGCUGAUCAAGAGAUUUCAGCUUAUGCUUAUGAAAGAACACUUAAAUUAGCUGAACGUAUCAAAUUACUUAAAGAUUUGAAAUUAGACGGUAAAGAACUACAAGUUCAAGCUAUUGGAUUUGAACGACGAACAAGCAAGUCUCAUAUACCUAUGGAAACAAUGGUAAAUAAUCAACAGAAAUCACAACGCCAAACUACUAUUGAUGAAACGAGUGAUCAAUAUCAUUAUACAUUCACGCCAAGCCAAUUAGAGCGUAUUAAAAAUAAUGUAUCUGAAUCAUCGAUGCGUAAGAUGCAUUCAGCUGUGAGACUUAAUGAACAAAUUAAGGAGCGUUCGCGUGAUGCUAAACUGGUUCUUAUUAAUCUUCCAUCGCCACCGUCAAAACAAUCGAGUUUAGCUGCUUAUUCUUACAUGGAAUAUGUUGAUGUAUUAACAGAAGGUUUGCAAAGAUUAUUAUUAAUGCGUGGCAGUGGUCGUGAAGUUAUAACAAUAUUUUCUUAA